AUGGAGCCCCAGCGCCGGGAGCUGCUCGCCCAGUGUCAGCAGAGUCUGGCCCAGGCCAUGACGGAGGUGGAGGCCGUGCUCGGGCUGCUGGAAGCCGCGGGAGCGCUGAGUCCCGGCGAGCGGCGGCAGCUGGACGAGGAGGCAGGAGGCGCCAAGGCGGAGCUGCUGCUCAAGCUGCUCCUGGCCAAGGAGCGGGACCACUUCCAGGACCUGCGGGCGGCGCUGGAGAAGACGCAGCCUCACCUGCUCCCCAUUCUCUAUCUCAACGGCGUCGUCGGGCCCCCGCAGCCCGCCGAGGGCGCCGGUUCCACCUACAGUGUCUUGUCCAUCAUGCCAUCAGACUCAGAAAGCAGCAGCUCCCUCAGCAGUGUAGGCACCACUGGGAAGGCACCGUCCCCACCACCCCUCCUCACCGACCGACAAGUGAACGAGAAGGUGGAGAACCUCUCCAUUCAGCUUCGGCUGAUGACCCGGGAGAGGAAUGAGCUGAGGAAACGCCUGGCCUUUGCAAGUCACGGGACAGCCUUUGAUAAGAGGCCCUACCAUAGGCUGAAUCCUGAUUACGAGAGGCUGAAGAUCCAGUGUGUACGGGCCAUGUCGGACCUGCAGAGCCUGCAAAACCAGCACACCAAUGCCUUGAAGAGGUGUGAGGAGGUGGCCAAGGAGACCGACUUCUACCAUACACUCCACAGCCGGCUCCUGAGUGACCAGACCCAGCUGAAGGAUGACAUGGACAUGCUGAGGCGGGAGAAUGGACAGCUUCUGCGGGAACGGAACCUGCUACAGCAGUCAUGGGAGGAUAUGAAGCGGCUGCAUGAGGAAGACCAGAAGGAGAUCGGAGACCUCCGGGCUCAGCAGCAGCAGGUGUUGAAGCACAACGGGUCAUCAGAGAUUCUCAAUAAGCUGUAUGACACGGCUAUGGACAAGCUGGAGGUGGUUAAAAAGGAUUACGAUGCCCUUCGGAAGAGGUACAGUGAGAAAGUUGCCAUCCACAACUCGGACCUGAGCCGCCUGGAGCAGCUGGAGGAGGAGAACCAGCGUCUGCUGAAGCAGACAGAGAUGCUGACCCAGCAGAGGGACACAGCCAUCCAGCUGCAGCACCAGUGUGCCCUCUCCUUGCGGAGGUUUGAGGCAAUUCACCACGAGCUGAACAAGGCCACUGCUCAGAACAAGGACCUGCAGUGGGAGAUGGAGCUGCUGCAGUCGGAGCUGACGGAGCUGAGGACCACGCAGGCGAAAACCGCCAAGGAGUCGGAGAAGUACAAGGAGGAGCGGGACGCUGUGUACAGCGAGUACAAGCUCAUCAUGAGUGAACGCGACCAGGUCAUCUCUGAGCUGGACAAGCUGCAGACCGAGGUGGAGCUGGCCGAGUCCAAGCUCAAGAGUAGCACGUCUGAGAAGCAGGCGGCCAGUGAGGAGAUGGAGGCGCUGCGACAGAUCAAGGACACAGUGACAAUGGACGCAGGCAGAGCCAACAAAGAGGCUGAAAUCCUUCGAAAGCAGUGCAAAGCUCUAUGCCAGGAGCUAAAGGAAGCCCUGCAGGAGGCUGAUGUGGCCAAGUGCCGGCGGGACUGGGCCUUUCAGGAGCGGGACAAGAUUGUGGCGGAACGGGACAGCAUUCGGACCCUCUGUGACAACCUGAGGCGGGAGCGGGACCGUGCAGUGAGCGAGCUGGCCGAAGCCCUACGCAGCCUCGAUGACACUCGCAAACAGAAGAAUGACAUCAGCCGGGAACUUAAGGAACUGAAGGAACAGAUGGAAUCCCAGUUGGAAAAGGAAGCCCGGUUCCGGCAGCUGAUGGCCCAUAGUUCCCAUGACUCAGCCAUUGACACUGAUUCCAUGGAGUGGGAAACCGAGGUUGUUGAGUUUGAAAGGGAAACGGAAGAUAUUGACUUGAAGGCACUUGGGUUUGAUAUGGCAGAAGGUGUGAAUGAGCCUUGUUUGCCAGGGGACUGUGGCAUAUUUGUCACAAAAGUGGACAAAGGAAGUAUUGCUGAUGGCCGCUUACGGGUCAAUGAUUGGCUGUUGAGAAUCAAUGAUGUGGACCUCAUCAACAAGGACAAGAAGCAGGCUCUCAAGGCCCUCCUCAACGGGGAGGGGGCCAUCAACAUGGUGGUGCGGCGGAGGAAGUCCCUGGGUGGGAAGGUGGUCACCCCACUGCACAUCAACCUGAGUGGACAGAAAGACAGUGGCAUCAGUUUGGAGAAUGGAGUGUAUGCUGCUGCUGUGGUGCCUGGAAGCCCGGCCGCCAAGGAGGGGUCCCUCACUGUGGGAGACAGGAUUGUUGCGAUCAAUGGCAUUGCCCUGGACAACAAGUCUCUGAAUGAGUGUGAAUCUCUGUUGCGUAGCUGUCAGGAUUCCUUGACCCUUUCCCUCCUGAAGGUCUUUCCUCAGAGUGCCUCGUGGAGUGGCCAGAACAUUUUUGAAAAUAUCAAGGACUCUGAUAAAAUGUUGAGUUUCCGAACACAUGGCCCAGAGGUCCAGUCUCAGAAUAAACGCAACUUGCUGCAGCACAAUAACUCCACACAGACGGACAUCUUCUACGCAGACAGACUGGAGGACAGGAAAGAGCCGGGCCCCCCAGGAGGCAGCAGCUCCUUCCUGCUUAAGCCAUUCCCUGCGGGGGGACCCUGCCAGGUGUCCCCACAGACCUGUCCCAGCGCCUCUGAACGGAGCCUGAGCUCCUCCCACUCAGAUGCCUCUGGGGAGCGUGGCUAUGGGCUUGUGGAUGUGCGUGGCCGGCGGCCACUGCUACCCUUUGAGACGGAGGGGGUCCCCUGUGCGGAAGCAGAGUCCCCUCUGGAGAAGGCAGAGCCCGAGGGCUCUAACAGUGGUGGGACCUGGCCCAAGGCCAUGCUCAGCUCCACAGCAGGGCCUGAGAAACUCUCUGUUUAUAAGAAGCCAAAGCAAAGAAAGUCGAUCUUUGACCCCAACACUUUCAAACGCCCUCAAACCCCCCCUAAAAUAGACUACUUGCUCCCAGGAUCUGGACCCGCUCAUUCUCCCCAGCCUUCCAAGAGGGUGGGACCUCUGACACCCCCAAAACCUCCCAGGAGGAGUGACUCCAUUAAGUUUCAGCACAGACUGGAAACUAGUUCCGAGUCAGAGGCUACCCUGGUGGGCAGUUCCCCGUCCACCAGUCCCCCCAGUGCCCUGCCCCCUGAUGUGGACCCUGGAGAACCCAUGCAUGCCUCACCCCCUCGCAAGGCCAGGGUCCGAAUUGCUUCCAGCUACUACCCUGAAGGUGACGGUGACUCCUCCUACCUGCCAGCUAAGAAGUCCUGUGAUGAGGACCUAACCUCCCAGAAAAUGGAAGAGUUAGGUCAGAAACGCCGCCGACCAAAGUCUGCCCCCAGUUUUCGGCCCAAGCUUGCUCCAGUAGUGAUUCCUGCUCAGUUCCUGGAGGAGCAGAAGUGUGUCCCAGCCAGCGGAGAACUUUCUCCAGAACUCCAGGAGUGGUCCCCUUACUCACCAGGGCAUUCCAGCCGGCACAGCAACCCCCCACUCUAUCCCAGCAGGGCAUCUGUAGGGGGUGACUUACACAGGUCCAGUGCUUGGCUGGGUACUUGGGGACAACUUUUCUCAUCCAGCCCAUUUCCAGGCACUGUUCCUCGGAGUAUGACCCCAAGUACCACCAUGAGCUCCAUCCUGAGGAACCCUAUCUACACCGUGCGUAGCCACAGAGUCGGCCCUUGCAGCUCUCCGCCUGUCCCCAGAGAGGUUGGCCCCCAGGUGUUGCAUUCCAGUGUCCAGCACCAGGGACGUCUGAGCCUGGACCUGAGCCACAGGACCUGUAGUGACUACUCAGAGAUGAGAACCUCCCAUGGUUCCAACUCGCUGCCUUCCAGCGCUCGCCUUGGGUCUUCAAGCAACUUGCAGUUCAAGACAGAACGCAUUAAAAUCCCAUCCACACCAAGAUACCCCCGCUCUGUUGUGGGCUCUGACAGAGGUUCCCUGUCGCAUUCGGAAUGCAGCACUCCUCCACAGUCACCCCUGAACAUCGACAGCCUGUCUUCUUGUAGCCAGUCCCAGGUGUCAGCCUCCACCUUACCCAGAAUUGCCGUCAAUACUGCGUCACUGGGGGAUCGAAGAAAGGACCGGCCCUACAUGGAGGAGCCACGCCAUGUCAAGCUGCAGAAGGGCCCAGAGCCCCUGGGCAUCUCCAUUGUGAGUGGAGAGAAGGGCGGUGUCUACGUCUCCAAGGUGACUGGUGGGAGCAUCGCUCACCAGGCUGGCCUUGAGUAUGGGGACCAGUUACUUGAGUUCAAUGGCAUAAAUCUGCGCAGCGCUACAGAGCAGCAGGCCCGGCUCAUCAUUGGGCAGCAGUGUGACACCAUCACCAUCCUGGCCCAGUACAACCCGCACAUGCACCAGCUCAGCAGCCACUCUCGGUCCAGUUCCCACCUGGAUCCUGCCAGCACCCACUCCACUCUCCAGGGAAAUGGUGCCACCACCCCAGAGCACCCCUCUGUCAUUGACCCACUAAUGGAGCAGGAUGAAGGCCCUGGCACACCCCCAAGCAAGCAGAGCACCAGCUGCAGGAUGCUGGGAGAUGCCAACAAGAAGACUCCAGAGCCAAGAGUGGUUUUUAUCAAAAAGUCCCAGUUGGAGCUUGGAGUGCACUUAUGUGGUGGGAAUCUUCAUGGAGUGUUUGUGGCUGAGGUGGAGGAUGACAGUCCUGCCAAGGGCCCUGAUGGCCUUGUGCCAGGGGACCUCAUCCUUGAGUAUGGCAGCCUGGACAUGCGCAGCAAAACAGUGGAGGAGGUCUAUGUGGAGAUGCUGAAGCCCAAGGAUGGGGUCCGUCUGAAGGUGCAGUACCGCCCCGAGGAGUUCACCAAGGUCAAGGGUCUGCCUGGUGACAGCUUCUACAUCAGGGCCCUUUAUGACCGAUUGGCAGAAGUGGAACAUGAGCUGAGCUUUAAGAAAGAUGAUAUCCUGUACAUUGAUGACACCUUACCCCAGGGCACAUUUGGAUCCUGGAUGGCUUGGCAGCUGGAUGAAAAUGCCCAGAAGAUCCAGCGUGGGCAGAUCCCCAGUAAAUAUGUAAUGGACCAAGAAUUCUCCAGGAGGCUCAGCAUGUCUGAAGUCAAAGAUGACAACAACACUGCAAAGACUCUCUCAGCAGCUGCACGCAGAUCCUUCUUUCGAAGGAAACAUAAGCACAAACGUAGCGGGUCCAAAGAUGGGAAAGACCUCCUCGCCUUGGACACCUUUGCCAAUGACUCCAUUCCACUCUUUGAAGAUGUGGUGAGCCUUGCCUAUCAGCGGGUCCAGAAGGUGGAUUGUACCUCUCUGAGGCCUGUCCUGAUCCUGGGGCCUUUACUGGAUGUGGUAAAGGAGAUGCUAGUGAACGAGGCACCUGGGAAGUUCUGCAGAUGCCCUCUUGAGGUGAUGAAGGCCUCCCAGCAGGCCAUUGAGCGGGGUGUCAAAGACUGCCUAUUUGUUGACUACAAGCGGAGGAGUGGCCAUUUUGAUGUGACCACAGUGGCUUCCAUAAAGGAGGUCACAGAAAAGAACCGGCACUGUCUCCUGGACAUCGCCCCCCAUGCCAUUGAGCGACUGCACCAUAUGCACAUCUACCCCAUUGUUAUCUUCAUCCACUACAAGAGCGCCAAACACAUCAAGGAACAAAGAGACCCCAUCUACCUGAAGGACAAGGUGACUCAGAGGCAUUCCAAAGAGCAGUUCGAGACGGCUCAGAAGAUUGAACAGGAGUACAGCAGGUACUUCACAGGAGUCGUCCAGGGAGGAGCCCUGUCCAGCAUUUGCACUCAGAUCUUGGCAAUAGUUAAUCAAGAGCAAAACAAAGUCCUGUGGAUUCCUGCCUUCCCACUAUAGAAGACCACCGAACUAGGUGUGAAAUGACCGCAGCUCAGCCACCAGUGCAAGGACUUGCUCAGCUCUUUACUAGCAAUUAAAAUUAGAAGCCUGUCUGUAUAUGAACAUGAAGGAGAAGGACCUAUGAACACGGACUCCAGAAGCACCUCCUUUAUAGACAGAGGGCUGCAGACAAACGGGAUCCGGGCCCAGGCCAGCAGACUGUUCCUCUCACACAUGUCCUUUAAGACAAAAACCACAUAAAACUUUUGAUAGAGGGGUUCAACAACAACCUUUCUUUAGCCAGCUCAUCAGAGAUGCUGCAAAGAGAACCUUUCAAAUCACAAGUUUACAAGCCUUUUCUAAGUAUUUGGUUGUUUAUGUUUACUUGAAUGGCUCCAUGUUGUCAGGUGCCCAGCCUCUCCCUCUCUGUUAACUCCCUGGUGAUGCUUUGAUGUUGGUUUUGUUCUCCGCCCCGCCCCCCCCAAAGCAGAAUGACUCUGGAACCUCAUUGGGGGCUGCUUUGCUUCAGAGGUUCUUGCCAGUGGGACCAGAGCUUCAACAAUAGUGCUGCUCCUUGGUGGCAUCUUUCCGGAAGGACAUCACGACUAGAUGCUCAGACCAUCUGUGGUUACAGAACCAGUGCCUUGUGUGACCAGCUCUCCAGUGGCAGUGUUUUCCCCUCCUGCACCAGGGGAGAAGGCUUUGGCAGUCUUACAAACUUGUCUCAGACUUUCUCCCCUGCCUUCUCCAGCCUCUCAUUUCUUCUCCACCUGUGCUUAUUAUAGCAGCAGCUUAUCUGGUCCAUCUUAGUUCCAUGGGUUUCCAAGGACACAGAGUUCUGGGCUAGUGCGACUGUGUGCUGUUGGCUCCUCUUGAGGUUCUGCAGGUGGUGACAGCCUUUUAUCAGUGCAAUGAUUGCAGGGUGAUUUUUAAACUCGAGAGUGGGACAGGCACAUCAGUUCUCUGAUAUGAAAAUGUCCAUGUUUCAAACUUUGAAUUGAAAACUUUUAGGGGAAGCAUAAUGAUUAGUGUUACUGUCAAGAAUCUAAAAAGAGAAAUGAAUCUUUGUUAGUCUUGGCUAGAGCACUCAUGGCAUGCAUCAUACUCUAUGAGGAUGUUUUUUCUUUGUGUUGUGUAUGCGUGUGUGUGUUUGUGUGUGUGUGUGAGUGUGUGUCUGCGCACUCGUGCGUGCGUGCUCGAGCGCACUCCUGACAGCUGGAUGUCUCUGGCUGAAAAUUUGAUGUGGUUCCUCCUUAAACUGUGCGUCCUGUUAAUAAUAGGUACUGUACCACACUCCAGGUAAGCUGGAGUACUAGAACCCAGCUCCUCCCACAGGGGUAGGACCUGUAUUUUAAUACUAUUCCUAACAUUUCAUUUUACUAGCAAGAAAUCUUUUGAUUUCAUUUUAUUCUUUGUAAUUCUAGACACUAGAUUGUAGUUUAGCCAUACUGACUCUUUUUUUUUUUUUAAGGGAUGUAUUUUCUUGCACAGUUGUUCAAAAAGAGACAUGUUUCAGUCCUCAAUGCUGCCCUUUGUUUUACAGGUACAAGUUUUCUAGCACAGACAACUAGGAAAGACUAGGCUGUGAGGUCUUACUCACAACGCGCUCUGGGGCUGUUUCUCUGAGUUGCAUAUGGAGUGGGACUGUGAUGGUACAGUGUGCAUAGGUACUGUUCUGACAGACUGGGAAUUUCUGUACUAAAACCUUACUUUGUAUCCAAAGUUAAACAGACUUUAGUACAAUAAAUAAAGGUCAAUUUCUAUAA